AAGUUGAUCCUCGUCCAGCCAAGCCUAAUCUUCUCCGACAGGACGAUAUAGAAAAAAAAGAUACAAGAUUAUAAUUCCUGGAUUGUUUUGAAGACUUCAUUCAACCUUUAAUGAAUCAAAUGUGACUUUAAUGUUGCUCGACUGUACUGGGGACAACAGAAUGUGGUAGUGAGGUUGUGAAUCAUUCGGCAUUUAUCGAGAAAACUGCUGGAUUAGACCAGAGAUCGCGUUGUUCUGGGUUCAGGGAUACCCACUGUGACAUGUCGGGGGAUCCAGUUUUCGCGCUGCUGUGGCUAUGGAUUGGGAUUUCUGAUUCAGCCGGUUUCUUCUCUUUGCCACACCUUAGCAUCCAGAAUAAAGAGCAUGUAAUUAAUGCUAAUGACACUUUAAUAAUUAAUUGCAGUGGGCAUGGACCAGUGGAAUGGUCAUGGCCUAGAAACCACAGUAGCAUGGAGCACAGGAUAUCACUGACUAACUGCAGCAAAGGGAAUUGGUUUUGCAAAACUCUCAUUCUGACAAAGACCAAUGCAAAUGAUACUGGAAUGUACCGGUGUUACCAUACACAAUCACCAAUCCAUGUUGCUGCAAGUAUCUAUGUCUUCGUUCAGGAUGAUCAAAUGCCUUUUGUGAAUCCCUCCGACAAGCCAGAAGCACUGUUCAUAACUGAAAGUAAGAAGCUUGUCAUUCCAUGCAGGGUUUCCAUUCCAAAUCUUAAUGUCACCUUACAUACGAAAUAUCCAGAGAAUUACAUAGUCCCUGAUGGAACAACAACAUUGUGGGAUAAUAAGAAUGGUUUCAUUGUCUUGAGUCAGAGAAUCAGAGAUGCAGGACUGGUCCAGUGUGAGACAACAGUGAAUGGAAAAGCCUAUCAUUCUAACAUUUAUGUGCUGGUGGUUGUUGGAUUCAUGAUUUAUAACCUCACACUGAAUAAACCAUCCCCAGUGGAAUUGUCAGUGGGAGAGCGCUUGAUGCUAAAUUGUACUGCUAGAACUGAGCUGAAUGUAAGGCUGAACUUUCAUUGGAAAUACCCUGGAGAGAAGCAGAAUCCCCACUUAUUCUUCAAAAAUCAGAAGCAAGAAUUAUCACAAGGCCUGGAACUCUCAAGCAUUCUGAUUAUAGAUAACGUGAUAAAAAGAGAUGGAGGCAGAUAUAUAUGCCAUGCUUCCAGUGGAAUGAUGUCAAUGGAGCACAGCAUUGAUGUUAUUAUCCACGAGAAACCCUUCAUCUUCAUAGAUCACAAAGCCAGUUCAAUAAUUGAGACGGUGUUGAAAGAAAGGAAUGUCAAAAUUCCUGUGAAGGUCACAGGCUAUCCCCAACCAGAAGUGAAAUGGACCAAGAAUGGAAGACCAAUAAGCAAAGAUCACUACAAAAUAAAGCAAGUUGGAUAUACAUUGAUCAUCAGUGGUGUGACAGAAAGGGAUGCUGGGAAUUACACAAUUAUACUUAGAAAUCCAAUGUCAAAUGAAGAGCAACAACACACAGUUCAACUCAUAGUAAAUGUUCCUCCAGAGAUUCAUGAGAAAGAAGUGGCAACGCAUACUGACUUUCACAGCUACGGAAGUAGGCAGCCAUUGACCUGCACAGCAUAUGGCAUUCCUGCUCCUAGCAGCAUUAUUUGGGAAUGGCAGCCCGUAGAGAACUGUAGCUUCUCCUACAAUUAUCAGAGAGAAUUGGGAGCUCCCAAUAAAUCGAAUGAAAAUGAAAACUGGAGGAAUAUCACAGACAAUCAUGGCAGCAACAAGAUAGAAAGUUCAGAACCUCGAACUGUGUUCCUUGAAGGGAAGCAUAAGGUGGUCAGUACUCUUGUGAUUCAAGUAGCAAAAGUCUGCGCCAUGUACAGAUGCCGGGCUGUUAACAAAGUGGGAGAGGAUCAGAGGGUUAUCUUCUUUCCUGUAACCAAGGGCCUUGAAAUGAACUUGCACCCUACUGAUCAUCCUAUUGAAAAGGACAAUGUAUCUCUUCAGUGCAGAGCUGACCGAUUUAUAUAUGAGAACUUAAGGUGGUAUAAGCUCCAUCCAACAACCCUCCAAAGCUACCGUGGCACUCCAGCCAUCUUCUCUUGUGAGCACCUCAAACACAACGCUCAGGAGAUGGCCUGGAAGAUGAGUUCUGAACACAAGACUGAAAAUAUCACCAUUGGACUGAGCUUCAUUAAUGUAUCUCUUCAAGACCAAGGAGUUUAUCUUUGUGAAGCCCAGAAUAGAAAGACAGGUGCAAAACACUGUGUCAUGAAGACUCUCUCAGUAGAAGCUCAACAGGCUCCCUUGGUGCUUCAGAACCUGACAAACCAAACGGUGAACAUGAGCUCGUCUAUUGAGAUGAGAUGUGAUGUAGCUGGUGCCCCAAGGCCACACAUUAUAUGGUACAAGAAUGAGAAGCAGAUCCUGGAGGCGUCAGGCAUUGUUCUCGGCAAGCUGAACAGGACCUUGACUAUCCAGAGACUGAAGAAGGAAGAUGAAGGGAUGUACAAGUGUGAGGCUUGUAAUAUGCAGGGCUGUGCUGAAACAUACGCAGCAAUUGCUGUUGAAGGAGUUGAUGAGAAGACAAAUGUUGAGCUGAUUAUCUUGAUUGGCACUGGAGUAAUUGCCACAUUCUUUUGGCUGCUUCUAAUAAUCGUCAUUCGAAAAAUCAAGCGGCCCAGUGAUGCAGAACUGAAAACAGGCUACUUGUCAAUCAUCAUGGACCCUGAUGAAGUACCCAUGGACAAACAGUAUGAACAGCUGUCAUAUGAUGCCAGUAAAUGGGAGUUUCCUCGGGACAGGCUUAAAUUGGGAAAACCAUUAGGUUGUGGAGCUUUUGGCAAAGUGAUUGAAGCAGCUGCGUUUAAUAUCGAAAAGUACUCUACAUGCACAACUGUUGCUGUCAAAAUGUUGAAAGAAGGGGCAACGUUCAGUGAACAAAGGGCAUUGAUGUCUGAACUGAAGAUUCUUAUUCACAUUGGCCAUCACCUCAACGUAGUGAAUCUGCUGGGAGCCUGCACAAAAGUGGGAGGUCCACUGAUGGUGAUUGUUGAAUAUUGCAAGUAUGGCAACCUGUCAAAUUAUUUGAGAAGCAAGAGGAAUGACUAUGUUCCUUACAAGAAUAAGGCAAUGAGGUUAAAACAGAUGAAAGAGAAGGAUCCUUCUGAGGUGGACAAUGAGUUUAAACGGCGCUUGGACAGCAUUGCAAGUAGUGAGAGCACUACUAGUUCUGGCUUUGCAGAAGACAAAUCCCUGAGUGAUGUGGAAGAGGAAGAAGUUGCAGAUGACCUCUACAAGAACUGUUUAACGCUGGAGGACCUUAUCUCCUACAGCUUCCAGACAGCCAGGGGGAUGGAAUUCCUGGCCUCACGCAAGUGCAUCCACAGGGAUCUGGCUGCACGUAAUGUACUCUUGUCAGAAAACAAUGUGGUGAAGAUAUGUGACUUUGGUUUGGCUCGAGAUGUUUAUAAAGACCCAGAUUAUGUUCGGAAAGGAGAUGCACUGCUUCCACUUAAAUGGAUGGCACCAGAGACCAUCUUUGACAAAGUUUAUACAACACAAAGUGAUGUAUGGUCUUUUGGAAUUCUACUUUGGGAAAUAUUCUCAUUGGGUGCCUCUCCAUAUCCUGGUGUUCAGAUAGAUGAAGAGUUUUGUCAGCGACUCAAGGAAGGGACUCGAAUGCGAUGUCCUCAAUAUGCAACAACAGAAAUUUAUCAUACAAUGUUGGAUUGUUGGCAUGGAGACUACAAAAUGAGACCAGUCUUUUCUGAAUUGGUAGAACACUUAGGGAACUUACUCCAGACGAAUGCUCAACAGGAUGGCAAGGAUUAUAUUCCACUGAACAUGUCACUGACUAUUGAAGAUGAUUCGGGGCUUUCUCUGCCAACUUCGCCUACUUCCUGUAUAGAGGAAGAGGAAGGGAGUGAUUCAAAGUUUCAUUAUGACAACACGGCCAGAAUACGAUACAUUAACGGAAGCAAAAAUCAAGGCAGACCUGAAAAUGUUAAGACAUUUGAUGAAGAAACAGUACAAAAAGCAACUAUCAACGUGAAAGAGUAUAACCAGACUGAUAGUGGCAUGAUACUUGCAUCAGAGGAACUUAAGACAUUGGAUUCCAGACAGAGUCAAUCAAUGGCAUUUAGUGCUUUAAUUCCAAGCAAGAGCAAAGAAUCUGUGACAUCUGAAGUCUCUAACCAGACGAGUGGUUACCAGUCAGGAUACCAUUCUGAUGACACAGACACAGCUCCUUAUAGCAACGAGGAAGCACAGCCAAAGGAAAACUACUGCAACUCACCAGCUGAUUACAACCAUUUUUCUUUUGCAGGUUGGCCUCAGUACUUCUUCAACACUACAUUAACAUCUAUAUCCACCUUCUUGAACUAGAGUCUGCAAGUUUAAAGUUCUCUUGAAGACCCUAUUUGGAGUUACGCUCUGACUUCAGUUCUUUGUGAGAACAGGACCCGUUCUCAGGGCCUCACGACCGGCUGCUUUUUGAUAUCCCAAGAACGUGGCCUGGAAGAUUAGCGAGCCUUCAGGGUUCCAGGUUUUCGUGGCUCUGGAGGCAGGCUGAUUCUGGGCCAGUGCCCCUGACUGAGGUGCCGCGAGAGAAACAGAACAUCAGGAGCAGCGGGUUAGCUGCUAUAGGUUGUGUAUCCAGAGACCUGGGCCUUUCUGGGGCUGACUCUCUAGGUGCAGAGCUUAUAAAAAGUGAUGCAACCGACUUUUAACAUCAUAAAUCAGCGAG